AUGAGUCCACCUGAUUAUAGUAAGAACUUGCUUUAUGCUACAUUGACGGUUAAUUCAACUACACUCUUUACAUACGAGAAUUAUAAGUUGAUUCAUAGCAUCACCAAUUUGAAUUGUUCCGAAGCAAUUUCACAAGAGUUGGGGCUUAUCAAUGCAUCCAAAACGUUAAUAGGAUCUAUCCCUGUGAGUUCCAAUGUCAAGGUGACCAAUACCAACUUAGCAUUAUAUUUCAUGAAGAAGGUUAUUACCAAUGGAGAUGGUAGUAAUGAUCUUAUGACUGUAGUUACCAUAGCACAUAAUAGUCUUAGUAAGACGAUGAUUCUUUCUGUGAUGAAGAAGAUCAUUGAUAAGUAUAUUGAGUUUAGAGCCAAAGUCGACACCAUCAAAGGGGGGCAACCAAGCACUGGAGAAUUCAAGCCAAUUAUGAAUAAGAUUAUAGAACAAGAAGAAAGGAAUUAUGAUUUGAAACCUCUGGUAUACAAUUAUGGGUCCAUUGAACCAGGAGGAGACCGAACAAGCAGUAAUGGUAAUGGUAUUGGUAACAACAAUAAGACAGGUAAUAUUGGGCCUGGUUCUGGCUCUGAUGUUAUUCAACCUAAUAACUUACUAUUGGCCAAUGAAGAAGUGGAAGAAGUAAGACAAUUGAUGUUAGACAACAUAAAUAAACUUAUGAGCAGAGGAAACAGAAUCAAUUCAUUAGUGGAUCAAACUGAUCGCUUGACAACUUCUUCUCUGGUAUUCCAGAAGAAAGCUCAACAGAUUAGACAAAAGAUGUGGCUCUCCAAGUAUAAGGUUAUGGGAAUAUUAGUCAGUAUGGUGGUGUUUAUUCUUUACUUGAUAGUUGGUGAUUUAUGUGGGUAUCCGUUCUUUGAUAGGUGUGUCAAUUAA